GGGCUUGGAAAACUUUGUGGUGGGGGGGAGGAAGGCACCCAGGCAUGUCUUCAGUUCCCUUUGGCUUUCUUCAGCCCCAGAAAAAGCUUUGUGCCUGAGCAGUGAUGCAGAACAUCUGAUGGGCCUGGUUGUGGCCUAAUCUCUCUCUCUUUUUCUUUCUUUUUUUCCCAGUGAAUAUUUUUUCUCGUUUAAAUAGAGAAGCAGACAAUAGUUAAAUGCAGUUGCUAAAAAUUCCUUUUUUUUUUUUAAUCAAGAAUUUUGACAUACACCACUAAUUCUGCAAGGCCAGUCAGUAUAUUGAGAAAUGAGAUGGCAGUAAAGAAUGGUAAUUAACAUAUGCUGUAGACGAGUGCAUGCUGCUACAAGUAGGCAGAUAGGUUAAGUUGAAGGCUGCUGGCUUUAGAUUAAUUCCCUUUUGGUUCUAGUCUUGGAUAAGCCUCACGCCUUACUGCUGAGGGCUGGGAGUGAGAAGAGAUUACCGUGGAAUAUAUAAAGGGGCUUUAAUGAUAAGUGUGAAUCUUGUUCCUGUUGAUUUUAAUACGUGUUCUAGCUGAAACAGUUAUUUAUAAUUUUUGUGAAAUACUUUGCUGUAAAAUGGAUAUUUGCUUUAUUUCCAUACACACAUUGUGCCUGGUUGUGUGAUUAUUAUAAACAUCGGCUUUUGCAGUAUUUAUACUCACCAUUUAAAAAGAAAACUACUUUAAGCAGUUUUGGUGUUAGGUGCUACAAAGUUAAGAAGAAACAAAGGCCGUUCACCAUCUGGGGUGAAUGUUUGAGGUGACCUUUGCCUUCUGAUGAGAAGUCAAUAAAGAAGCCCCGGCUUUAGAGGGGGGUUGGAUGUGGCACUAAGGCCUGGCGUGGGCUGCGAUAUUCAUUCUUUAGGGCCAAGCAGCACUGCCAGGCUUCUUCCAUCCUUAAUCUCGUGGAGUGAGGCAAGUGCUGAUGGAGCGUGUGACCCCAAUUCCUGCUGAAGUUUGGGGAAGUUCUCCAGCGCUUAUAGGGAAGUUCCCGUGCGCUUAGAGCCAAGUUUUGCUUUUAGGAUGCCUGGCUCUUGUGUCGGUAAACGGACACAGCAAAUGUGUAAAAGCGAUGGCAAAACGCGGGUGCGGCAGGGAAGGGGCGGUGCGGGACCAGGAACAUCCGCGGCGGCGAAGCGAGGCCGGUCCGCGGCCGGGCGGCGUUUCCAGCGCGGUCCCUUUGCGCACAGGGUGAACCGGAGCCGGCCGGGCGCGGGCAGCAGACGGGGAUUAGCAUAUUAAUGGCAGCCGGGUAAUCGCCUCCCGCCCCUGCCCGCCCUCCUCCGCGGGGCUCACUCCGCCUCGGCACCGCUCCCGGGGAGGAGGAGGACGAGGACGAGGAGGUGGAUGAUGCUCCGGGGCGGGGGGAGAUGAGGCAGCGGCGCGGCUUCCCCGCAGCGGAGCGCGCUGGAGCCCCGGGCUGGCCGGGGGACCGCGCUCCCCCCGCAGCCAGGUGAAGGCGCACCGCCCCGGGGAGGGCCGGGGCUCCCUCCUCUCACCGGGAUCCGGCACGUCCAGGCGGCUCCAGCCUCCCCCCGCAGGAGCCCGGGGCGCUGAAUCGGGACAUUGUGUGCCGGAGCUGGCCGGCAUCGAGCACGCUCCGUGUAUGUGGCUGCUGGAGGUGGCCGGGCAGCAGCCCCCGAGGCGGGCAGGUGCGGGCUGCAUGGAGAAAAGCGGCUGCAGCCCUUUCCCCAUGUGCUGGGCUAAAGAAUAUGACAGAUACCUAGCAUCUAGCAAAACCAUGGCAGCAGCAUACCUUGACCCAAACUUGAAUCACACCCCAAGUUCAGGUGCAAAGACUCACCUCAGUACUGGCAUGGAACGUUCCCCUGGCGCCAUGGAACGAGUCCUGAAGGUUUUCCACUACUUUGAAAUCAACAGUGAGCCGACCACGUGGGCCAGCAAUAUCCGGCAUGGAGACGCCACUGAUGUCCGAGGCAUAAUUCAGAAGAUUGUGGACAGUCACAAAGUGAAGAAUGUGGCCUGCUAUGGGUUACGGCUCAGCCACCUGCAGUCUGAGGAAGUUCACUGGCUACACCUGGACAUGGGGGUGUCCAAUGUGAGAGAGAAAUUUGAACUAGCCCACCCUCCAGAAGAAUGGAAAUAUGAAUUGAGAAUUCGGUAUUUGCCAAAAGGAUUUCUAAACCAGUUCACUGAGGACAAGCCAACUCUAAAUUUUUUCUAUCAGCAGGUGAAAAAUGACUAUAUGUUAGAAAUAGCAGAUCAAGUGGACCAGGAAAUUGCUUUGAAACUAGGUUGCCUUGAAAUCCGGAGAUCCUACGGAGAGAUGAGAGGCAAUGCAUUAGAAAAGAAGUCCAACUAUGAAGUGUUAGAGAAAGAUGUUGGUUUGAGACGGUUUUUCCCGAAGAGUUUACUAGAUUCAGUGAAGGCCAAAACACUACGGAAAUUAAUCCAACAAACGUUUCGACAAUUUGCCAACCUCAAUAGAGAAGAAAGUAUUUUGAAGUUCUUUGAGAUCCUGUCUCCAGUGUACAGAUUUGACAAGGAAUGCUUCAAGUGUGCUCUUGGUUCAAGCUGGAUUAUUUCAGUGGAACUGGCAAUUGGCCCAGAAGAAGGAAUCAGUUACCUGACAGACAAGGGUGCAAAUCCAACCCAUCUAGCAGAUUUCAAUCAAGUGCAAACCAUUCAGUAUUCAAACAGUGAAGACAAGGACAGAAAAGGGAUGUUGCAACUCAAGAUAGCAGGUGCCCCUGAGCCUCUGACAGUGACAGCACCAUCCUUAACCAUUGCAGAGAACAUGGCAGACCUGAUCGACGGCUACUGCCGCCUGGUCAACGGGGCCACGCAGUCCUUCAUCAUCAGGCCUCAGAAAGAAGGUGAAAGAGCUUUACCAUCCAUACCAAAGCUGGCCAACAAUGAGAAGCAAGGAGUGAGGUCUCACACAGUCUCUGUGUCAGGAGUCAAUCACUGUCAGCAUAAAGUAAAGAAAGCUAGACGCUUUCUGCCUUUCGUCUUCUGUGCCCAUGAGUCGCCGCCCAAGGAUGAAAUUAGUGGGGACGAGACUGAUGACUAUGCAGAGAUUAUAGAUGAAGAAGACACUUACACAAUGCCCUCAAAAAGCUAUGGAAUAGAUGAAGCCAGAGAUUAUGAAAUUCAAAGGGAGAGGAUUGAGCUGGGGCGCUGCAUUGGGGAAGGACAGUUUGGAGAUGUGCACCAAGGAGUUUACAUGAGCCCGGAAAAUCCAGCUAUGGCUGUUGCAAUCAAAACGUGUAAAAACUGCACUUCAGACAGUGUUAGAGAAAAAUUCUUACAAGAAGCCUUAACAAUGCGUCAAUUUGAUCACCCCCACAUUGUGAAGCUCAUUGGGGUUAUUACAGAAAACCCAGUCUGGAUAAUCAUGGAGCUCUGUACACUUGGAGAGCUGAGGUCGUUUUUGCAAGUAAGGAAGUACAGCUUGGACCUGGCCUCUCUGAUACUCUAUGCUUACCAGCUCAGCACAGCUCUUGCCUACUUGGAGAGCAAAAGAUUUGUACAUAGGGAUAUUGCUGCUAGAAAUGUGCUGGUGUCUACCACUGACUGUGUGAAAUUGGGUGACUUUGGUUUGUCCCGAUACAUGGAAGACAGUACUUACUACAAAGCUUCCAAAGGAAAAUUACCCAUCAAAUGGAUGGCGCCAGAGUCCAUCAAUUUCCGACGGUUUACCUCAGCUAGCGAUGUGUGGAUGUUUGGUGUGUGUAUGUGGGAGAUCCUCAUGCACGGGGUAAAGCCCUUCCAGGGAGUGAAGAACAAUGAUGUGAUUGGGCGGAUCGAGAACGGUGAGCGGCUCCCAAUGCCUCCAAACUGCCCUCCCACCCUCUACAGCCUUAUGACCAAGUGCUGGGCCUACGACCCCAGCAGGAGACCCAGGUUUACUGAACUUAAAGCACAACUCAGUACAAUACUGGAGGAAGAGAAGCUGCAGCAAGAAGAACGAAUGAGAAUGGAAUCCAGGCGACAAGUCACAGUGUCCUGGGACUCAGGAGGAUCAGAUGAAGCUCCUCCCAAGCCCAGUAGACCUGGUUACCCCAGCCCCAGGUCCAGUGAAGGAUUUUAUCCAAGCCCGCAGCAUAUGGUACAGCCAAAUCAUUACCAGGUGUCUGGCUACCCUGGUUCUCAUGGGAUACCAGCCAUGGCAGGCAGCAUUUAUCCUGGGCAGGCUUCUCUCCUGGAUCAAACAGAUUCCUGGAACCAUCGGCCUCAGGAAAUAUCAGUGUGGCAACCCAACAUGGAGGAUUCAGGCACUUUGGACAUCCGUGGGAUGAGCCAGGUUCUGCCCACACACCUCAUGGAGGAGAGGUUGAUACGGCAGCAGCAGGAGAUGGAGGAGGAUCAGCGCUGGCUCGAAAAAGAAGAACGAUUCCUGAAACCCGACAUGAGGCACUCCAGAGGCAGCAUUGACCGCGAGGACGGAGCUCUCCAGGGCCCUGCUGGUAACCAGCACAUAUAUCAGCCUGUGGGAAAACCAGAUCACGCAGCUCCGCCAAAGAAGCCCCCACGCCCCGGAGCCCCCGGGCACCUGGGCAGCCUGGCCAGCCUCAACAGCCCCGUGGACAGCUACAACGAGGGUGUGAAGCCAUGGAGGAUUCAGCCGCAGGAGAUCAGCCCUCCCCCCACGGCCAACCUGGACCGCUCCAAUGACAAAGUCUACGAGAACGUCACGGGGCUGGUGAAGGCGGUGAUAGAAAUGUCCAGUAAGAUCCAGCCGGCCCCACCCGAGGAGUACGUGCCCAUGGUGAAGGAGGUUGGUCUGGCACUAAGAACUUUACUGGCAACAGUAGAUGAGACCCUGCCAGUGCUCCCUGCAAGCACCCACAGAGAGAUUGAGAUGGCACAGAAGCUGCUGAACUCGGACCUGGCCGAGCUCAUCAACAAGAUGAAGCUGGCCCAGCAGUACGUCAUGACCAGCCUGCAGCAGGAGUACAAGAAGCAAAUGCUGACGGCUGCUCACGCCCUGGCUGUGGAUGCCAAAAACCUGCUGGAUGUUAUUGAUCAAGCCAGACUGAAAAUCAGCCAGUCCAGACCGCACUAAGCACUGAGGAAGAGCAUCAUCAGCCUCGGAAUUCUGCUCGCGACAGGAUGUUCCUUCACCUUCCACCAGCAGUGAGGAUUCACCCAGCGCAGUCCUGGCCUUCCAGCGCCUCUGGCUUCAGCAGACCUGACCGCCCCCUGGGGUUCUCUCAUUGCAACAGUUGAACCGAGUGGCUCUGGUGGAGCCGGGAUGGGGUUCAGGCCGUGGCAUUAUCAGCAGCUGAGGUUUGUACAGCAGCCCUCGGAGCUGGGGCACAGGGCAGGUCACUCCAUCACAUGGGACACGCUUCGCACCGAGCUGCCACCAGGCCACGGCCUCGGAGCCAAAACUGUUGGAGCAGCAGAUGGGAGAAAGAUAUUGUGAAGUGAAGAAUUCGGGGAAACCUCAGGGCUGAGAAUUCUUGCCCACAGUAUAUGAACUAUCCAGACUGGAAUUUUUUUUAUUAGAACACUUACGUCGCAAUAUGCUAAUCACGAUUUACAGAGAAAGAAUAAAAAGCUAUAUUUUCAAGACUUCAGUCAUUUCAAGACAAACUAAAGCCCUCUUCAUCUUCCUGCCUUUUACUUUUACGUGACUGUGUGAAGCAUUUGUUUGGAACUAGCUGUAGGACACAACUGAACACUCGUCUUUUUCACCAGGAUAAUGUGCCAGUUCUUUUGUAGCAAUGUUGUUUUCCUUGGAAGUGAAAAUGCUGCUUUGUACCAGAGCAAUUCAGAGCUGCAUUUAGAGGAGAUCUGUAACCAUUCAUGUCCCCCAUUUUUAUAUAAUUUAUAAAGACAGAUUAAAGCCAUGAUGACUAUUUUAAACCCACUGUAGUUAACUAACCCAUCCUUUUGUCUAUCUUGCCUGGGAGGAGUUACAGUAGAGCAGUGUAAUUAGAUUUUCCUUGGUUUUACAGUUAUGCCAUCUGUUCUGUUAAAAUAAAAACCACACUCCCUUUUUGCUGUUGAGGGAUAUAAAUUAUUCUCAGGAAGAAUAUAAUGAACUGUACAGUUACUUUGACCUAUUAAAAAGGUGUUACCAGUGAAA